AUGCAGACUGCUUCUACAAACAUUUGUGAAAGACUGUGCAAUAAGUCCAUUCAUGAAAUUUCCUUGCUACUAAUAAUUCUACGGUCAACUGUUAGUGGUAUUAUAACAAAGUGUAAGCAACAGGGAGCAGCAGUAACUCAGCCACAAAGUGGUAGGCCAAGUAAAAUGAAACUGUCUGCAGAGUCAAUAGCUAAAGACCACCAAACUUCGUGUGGCCUUCAGAUUAGCACAACAGUGCAUAGUGAGCUUCAUGGAAUGGGUUUCCAUGGCUGAGCAGCAG